GGCCGAAUCUGGUUGCGGUUCGCCCUCCCCAGCGGCACCAGCUGGGAUCUACCAUCAUCAUUAGCAAUCCAGUAGAAAGCAGCAAGACAUUUUACCCAGAGCUGGAUGAGCAUCCCGAAGUGCCUAGCGGCAUGUGGCAGCCAGGAGUGGCAUCAACCGGUACAUGGUGAGAUGGGCGUGAACUGAGGUGCAGAUGCAUGGGCAUGGAUCCUAGGAAAGUCCUCAGGGACCCCAUUUCGGCCACGGCAGCACACGGCCUCUCUGGGCAGCCGUCCCUUUCUUAUAAAACCCCAAUGGAUGGGCCAUCACCUCGAGACCCCCACACUGCCGCCGCUUCUGAUUCUUCUUCUCCCGCUCUUCCCCAGAAACACCACUGCCUGACCCACGGGAGGCCGAGGUUGGACAGACAGCCUCAGCAGUCCGGGGAAAGACGCAGACGUCAGGUCCCGUGCAACUAUUCCAUCCAUCGCACCGCAUCGACGACAGCAACCCUCAAUAAGACCCCUCGACAGACCCCUCUUCGUCGCGGUCCUUCCCACCAACCCCGUGCGGAUUACGACUCUGCUUAUUCUUUAGCCUUGUCUGUCCAAGUCCCUUGUCCCGCUACACUUUGCCUCUCUGAGUGCGCUACCCGCGGCCAGACCAAGAAACCGCAUUAUUUUACUGAAGAGGCCUUCUCCGACGCGCAGCGGCAUCUGGCGGGCUUGCUCUUGUUUUUUGCCUCCUUUGUUUGA